AUGCGGUGGCCAGAUAAACAUCCAAACUUUGAUGAGAUAUUGAAAAACUCCGGAAAUGCUAUAAGUCAUAGGACAUUAAAUUGUGUCAUUCAUUUACCAUUGCAAAUAAAAUGUAAGGUUUCUUUAUGUUUUCAUUACGUCUAUAUAUUUUCAGCUGUGUUGGAUAAUAAAGGAAAGGAGUUCUUAGUUGCUUUUAUAGAAAACGAAGUAAUUCAUGGUAAUGAUAUAAAUCCAGAGAUAUAUAUCACAACCUCUAAGAAAAAAAUUGUUCAUGUCAAUGUUUCAGCCUCUGGUGUUCCAAAUUCUCAACUCUACAAAACUUUCUCUGUGAUUCAUGGCCAGACUCAGUUAGUCAAACUGAAUACAAGUUUCCGUUUACAUAACACCGAACUGACUAAAAAAGCGGUACUCAUUCAAGCAGACGAUGAAAUCGUAGUUUAUGCUGUUAACAAGGAAGAAAAGUCCGAUGCUGUUUAUCUUGCUUUGCCUAUCGACGCCCUUGGUAAAGAGUAUUAUACCGUUUCGUAUUAUCCUGCUACACAUUACUGUCUUUUUGCGAUUAUUGGGGUUUAUGAUGAAACAAAUGUUUCCAUUCAUUUACCACAAAUACAUCAUUUAAGUGUUACUCUAAAUGGACACACAUAUCAUGGAAGUCAAUGGAUAAAUGUGACUUUAGAUAGACUCAGUACACUAGAGGUUCGUUCUAAACAUGAUUUAACUGGCUCCCAUAUUGUAUCUAGUAAGCCAGUAGGCGUAUUAAGCGGAAACAAGAAAACCGUAGUUGGGCAUAGAAGCACACACGAUCAUCUUGUGGAAAUGUUACUUCCAUUAUCGUCAUGGGGAAAUAAUUUCGCCACCGUUCCAAUACCCGAAAGACAUGGUAUAGGGGAUAUAUUUAGAUUCAUUGCUAGCGAAGACAACACACACAUACACGUUUCUGGUAUAAACUCUGGAAAACCAUUUCAGGACCAUAUCAAACUUGACAAAGCUGGUCAUUACGUCCAAAAACACUAUAGCUCUGGUUUGUAUUCUCAUAUAGUUGCUGACAAAGCUAUAUCAGUGUUCCAGUUUUCAUUGACACAAAAAGGCCAUGGUGAUUAUGCUGAUCCGUCAAUGAUAACUGUCAUUCCAAUAGAACAAUAUGCUUUUGAAUAUACAUUUACAACUCCGGAAUAUUCUCACGGUAAUUAUUCAAACUAUUUUAUGUUUAUCAUCGAUUCCUCGCAGACAAAUGGCCUUAGAAUUGAUAAUCGAUCGUUAGCUGGCGAUCAAGUUUAUCACAAAAUACCAGAGACUCACCUCGUGGGAGGUUACAUGAAAAUAUCAGUUGGUACACAUACAGUCAUUCAUACUGAUCCAACCACAGUAUUUGGCAAGGCUAACGCUGAAUCAUACGGAUUUCCUGUUGGAUUAUUAUUAAAACCAAUAAACACGGUAAGUAUAUGUAUAUGA